AGGCCUCGAAUCAGGCGCCGAGCGCAGCAGAGCAAGCACUACGCAACAGAGUGCGUCUGGUCGGGCAUGAGAACCCUUCCGAAUGAGAGGACGCAGUGAAACCAUGCGCGUCAGUACGAUCUGCAUUACGCUGCUUUUCACAUUGGGGAAUGUACUUGCAAUACCGUUGCAACCCUGCCCCAGAGAAGAUUCUGCAUCUUUCUCCAUGGUGCUGCUGCCAGACAGCACCAACUGCACGAUGUACUACAUCUGCAUCUUUGGAGACCUCGUGGCGCAGGCCUGUCCGGACGGCCUCCACUUCGACUCGUCUUUGCAGUCGUGCGAGUCCCCGUCCACUGCCGGGUGCGAGUUGCCCGCAAGUCCGUCUGUUCCGCCGACGGAAACAGUCACCGAAUCCGACACGAGCGCGCCAACCUCCCCGACUGAAGAAACUACUACCGAGUACACAACUCUACCAACCUCACCAACAGAAAUUGUAACUGAAUCCGAUACCACACUUCAACCCACUCAAACGGAAGAAAUAACUACCAAUAUACCAUCCUCGGCGACGGAAGAAAUAACUGACUCAUUAACAAGUCUGCCACCUUCGCCAAAGGAAACAACCAUUGCUGAAUCCUACACUAACCAAUCCCCUUCGCCAACUGAGCUGAUUACUGAAUCCGACAUAAGCCUAUCGCCUUCGUCAACGAAAGCAAUUACAAUUGGAUCCAACGCAAGUACGCUGUCCUCACUAAGGGAAAUACUUAAUACAGAAUCCACCACACGUCAACCAUCUUCGACACUGAAAGCAAAUGUUACUGAAAACUUAACCAGUCCACCAUCAUCCGCGACAGAAACAUUUGAUGACUCGUAUAAGAAAAUACAAUUAGAAAGUUCCUCUGUCACUCCAAAACAGGAAUCUGCUGGUGAUAUUACAACACACUUUGUUGCAGACGGGUUGCUAGAAACAUCAAGUAAACUCAGCUCAGGAAACAUUUCUGAAUCUGAGGGUAGUAGAAAUGAAUACUCAAGUAAAACCCCAACAGUCGCUCUUCUGUCGACAAAACUCGCUACAGAAAUUUCAAACAUCAGUGUUACAGAAAUAAUUCCAACAGAAUCACAAUCGAGUAUACAAACUAAUGCCUCGAGUAUUUUAGCCACAGUAACCCAAACAGUGCCUAUUUCGCAAUCCAACACUAAGCUAAGUAAUAUUGCAUUUAUCAUACCUAAUUUACUAUCUCCUUCAGCGCAUCAUGCGAAAGAUCACAUAGACAUGAUAGAGACACUUCUUCUUAGCCCACAUGGCCCUCUACUAACGAAUAGUGAUGCCAUAGAAGACUUAAUUUCUUACAUCAAAGAGGAUUACAGAGGUAAUAUCAACAUUUUAAAACAGCGAGUGAAGAGGCUAAUUGCUGUGUUCGCGAAGUUCUUGGUAAUCCAUGCUCGUGAACUAACACCUGGUGCAAGGCAACAUAUAUAUUCUUGGAUGCACCAUCUUGCUGGGAACAUUCGGCUUGAGCCCGCUGCAAAUAGUAUCAGUCCUUCAGAAAACAGCAAGAUACCUCUCGAAGGUCCUGAAAGGAAUUUUAGAAAAAAUAAUGAAGAAAAUUUCAGUUUGCAUGGUUUCACUUCUCGAGACAAACUAAAACACGAACUUAAAUCCAGGCCUGACAUAUCAAAAGAUUCGAUAUCCGAAAGUUCUGAAGAAAUAGACCGUAUCCCAGUUAACAGGACCUCGACAACAAAUCCACCUACAACCACUAGAGUUGGUCGCCAUUCUAGACGCCAGUAUGAGAUUCUAUUUGAAUCAAAAAAUAAUCAUAGCUCCGAGUCUGAAGCAUCACAAGAAUCAGAUCCUGAAAGUCUUGAAGAAGUAAAGGUAACUCGACCUAAAAGGACCACGACUUUAACCCCACCUACAACUACUGUUCACCUUCAAACUAUUCGCUUGUUUAAAAUACAUUCUCAGUCAAUAAAGAAUUUAAGUUCUGAGUCCGAACUAUCCAACGAAUCAGAACCUGUUAGUUCUGAAGAAAUAGAGCUUGCCCAACUUAAGAAUACCACGACUGUUGUUCCAUUAACGACUAAAGAAAAACGUCGUCAAACCAGAAAACAUUUUAAAAAUAGUUUUCAGCCACAAUCUUACCAAAGCUCGAAAUCUGAGGCAUCUAAAGAAUCAGAUCCUGCUAGUUCAGAAGAAACAGAGAUCAUUGUACUGAACAGGACCACGACAGUAGCUCCAGUAGUAACUAGUGAAGUUACACGUGAACCUAGACUCCCGUUUAAGUUUUUGCUUACGUCAAUAACCAAGCAAAGUCACGAGUCUGAGUUAUCUGAAGAAUCAGAUCCUUCCACUUCUGAAGAAAUAUAUUUACCUCGACUUAACAAAAGCACGACUGUAGCUUUAUUUACUACUAAUGGACCUCGUCGUCAAUUCACACAGCAGUUUAAGGCAACUUUUGAGCCGAAAUAUGGUCCAGUCUAUAAGUUAAGACAAUCACAGGAAUCAGAUCCUGCCAGUUCUGAAGAAAUAGAGUUUUCCCACCUAAACAGGACCAGAACUCUAGACCAAAUUACGGCUUCUCAUAAACUUCGGGACAAAUUUGAACGAAAAAUUGGGACUCUUGUAAAGUCAAAAACCAAAGAAAUCCCUGACGAGUCUGAACCAUCCAAAGAACAAGAUCUUGAAAGUUAUGAAGAAAUAGAAAUUAACAGAAUAAACAGAACCCCGAAUCCAAAUAUACCUAUCUAUAAUAAAUUUGAAAUUCAACCUAAACAACCGUUUCAAGUUCAUGCUAUGCUGAAAUAUCAACAAAGCUCAGAGACCGAAAUAUCCCAGGAACAAGAACAUUCCAGUUCAGUAGAAGUGAAACUCAACAAAAAAUAUCCCAAAAAGUUUGUAAUUAAAACAAAACCAAAUAAAGAAUUCAGUUACGAAAUUUCUGAAACAAACGAGGAAAGCAACCAAUAAGUAAUAACAAAUAUAUAAUUAUCACUACAGCUAUAUUACAACUCUGUACGAUAGUAGGUGUAAAAGUGUAAUGGAUGUUUUUGAAAUAUAUAAAUACAACUAAACUAAUAGUUAAUAAAAAUCAUUUGUUGUCGUACCUGGUUUUGAAGUCUAUGAUAAAAUUCAGCAAAAAAAUAGUUCUUGCUUUGAAAUUUGGUACGAUACCUACGUUGCGAACAGCAGCGCUUUGGACAAUUUAUUUUAUUUGUUUAUCUUUCGUAAUUAAAAAUGCCUUGUGAAAAUCAAUUUUAUAUAUAUUUUAUAUAUAACACUUUUUGCUUAUUUUAAAACAUAAUAGGUAAGUUUUUUUAAUAACAAAAGUUUUUCUCAUUUAUAUACAUAAAAUAGGAUGUAUGACUUCGUUAAACACCGACACCGUUUGACCGAUCACCAUGAAAUUUGGCACAUCAGAGUGUUUUUUUCGUGGAUAUAGUUUUAAGCUAUCCAUUUUUUGUAACUCAUCACUAGAUGGUGUUGCAGUGCAUCAACUUCUAUUCCGUUCAACAGAUCCCCAUGAAAAUUGGUGUAUUGUGAAAUUCACUUUUAAUUGAGCGAAAGAACUCAUAGAUCAGUGAGUUUUAGUCUCUGGAAUAAAUAUAUGAAUCCACAACCAAACCAGAGUAAUUUUAACAAAUUAACAAUCCAAUCUCACUGACUUGAAGUUUCCACUAUUUGAAAUUUAGAGUUUAAUUGGGUUAUAACUAACUAAGUAAAUGUUGAUACACAGAGUGAAUAAAUCUUGUUUACAACAGAUUUUAUAUAAGUUUAUGUUUUUGUACUUGAGUAAUAUUGUUUCCUGCUUUUUUAAUUUUAAAUUACAAUUUUUAAUUAACUAUGGCAUAAAAAUUGAUAGUUUUAUCAACUAUUUUGAGACUUCUUUAAACUAUGGUAAGCAGGUAAAGAGAAAAGUUACCAGCCGGUUUGUUCUAUUUUGUAACUGUCGAAUAAAUGUAGAACUACAAAUUUAAUUCAAGUGCUCUGUUGACAACUUUAUCCCCAAAUGUGUGUGCGACUUGUCUGUAACAAUAAAAAACUGGAACUACAA